CCCCCUCGCCUCGAAACCCCUUCACUCUCCCCACAACACAACUCCCGCUUCCUUCCCUCCUUAGAAAACUCAUCCCUCACCAUCUCGAUCGUACUAGGACUACUGAAGGAAGAAUAACUCCUUCACUCUCCCCACAACACAACGCCCGCUUUCCCUCCUUAGAAAACUCACCCUCACCAUCUUUGACAGUGGGUUGAUAUGAGUUUUCCGGGUUGUAUGGCCAUCUUCCAGAAGCAUUCUUUCCUGACGCUUCGCCCACAUCUAUGGCAGGCACCCUCAGAGGUUAUGGGGUUUGUUGGGAAGCUAUCUUGUUUCCAAUAUAUUGUUCGUGAAAAUGAACAAAAUCUGGCUACCAAUAAUUUUUUUAACCCUCUAAAAUCAGGAGAGUAAAUAAAGAACAUCACUCUCAAAACAGGGGAAUUCCAGACAUGAAAUAAUCAGGGCCAACAAAGGAUUCCCCCAGACAGAAAUCAACCAGGCCUUGAAACUGUAAGGCUUUUUAAUGCUAAUCAAGGUGAUUGAUUGCAGCAUUUACACUUGCCUCCAACAGACAAGAGUUCUUUCUCCCACCCUAUACCUUCCACAGAUAUAUAAACAAACCCCAUUUGCCUAGUUUUCAAUAGACCUCACAACUCUGAGGAUGCCUGACAUAGAUGUGGGCGAAAGGUUAGGAGAGAAUGCUUCUGGAACCAUACAGCCCAGUAAAAUUCACAGCAACCCAGUGAUUCCGGUUAUGAAAGCCUGAAAGCCUUCGACAACACAUCUUGAUAGUGCUGUGAGCUAUGACUAUUGAAGGAGGAAUAAUACUCCACUGAACAAGUCAUCAUAAUUCCUCCACUAAACAAAGUCAUGGUUCCUCCACUCCCCUUUACACACCUUCCUUCCCUUCUUGGAAAAACCCUUCUCACUAUCACCACCCUGAUAUUGCUAUUAUUAUGAUCACCAUUGAACAAGUCCUAAUUUCUCUACUGAACAAAGUCAUGGUCCCUCCACUCUCCCUCACACACCCCUUCAUCCACUUUUCCUCUUUAGAAAAAUCACCUGAUGUUGCUCUCAACUAUUACGGUGCCCACUAAAGAUGUAAUGAUUCCUCUCUCACAUAGACACCCCUUACCUUGCUCUCUUCUUAGGAAAAUCACUCUCACCAUCACCAUCUUGAUGUUGCUGUUAAUUAUUAUGGCGACCACUGAACAAGGAUUGCCUCCACUAAAUAAGUCAUGAUUCCUCCACUCAAUCACUCUCACACACAUCCCUUCACUCCUUAGAAAAGACACCACAUUUUGCAUGGCUAUUAAUUAUGAUUUUUGCCAUCAUGAUUCCUCCACUCACACACACCUUCACCCACUCCCCCCGUUCCUCUGAAAAUCACCCCCACCAUCACCACUUUUAUGUUGCUUGCUAUUAAUUAUUAUGACCACCUCUGAACAAGUAAUGAUUCCUCUAGUAAACAAGCCACGGCUCCUUAAGCCCCGGCUCUGUGUUCUUGACCUAGGUGACUCUCCCUUUUGUUGGCUUGGAAAUGAAGUGCAAGGGGGGUUGGUUAGAGAGAGAGAGAGAGAGAGAGAGAGAGAGAGAGAGAGUGAGUUGCCAGCAAAUGUUAUGAAAAAUUACCCAGGCCCUAUCAAUAUUCCGAGGCAGAGCACUGGCUUCCCCCUUCUCUUGUUUUUAUUAUUAUCAUUUAUUAAAAGAAUAGGGAGGGAAGGUGGUGGGAAUCACAACACUUCUAGACACACAUCUAGCAACCUCUUUCCUUUCCCCCAUUCUCCCAAAGCAGCUUUGGAAAAUGAAAGGGAUAUAUGUAUGUAUGCAGAGGGGAGGGCAUAAAUAUUGUAGGGUGAGUGCAACUUCUGCUGCUUGUAUGGCUGCUUUCUUGCACCCCCUCCAUCUGCUAGCCUCCCCCCUUCUUUCCCUCAAGAUCCAGCGGCCUUGUUUUGACUCCCUCGUGCUUUCAAAGGAAAGUUUGUGAACGAGGAGUGCUUUUCUAGUCCUGCCAUUUUCCACCAACCACCGCCACCUUUCGCAUGCUCAUGCUGCUCGUUUUCUUUUGCCAUCGCCUCUUUAAAUGCCCCAUCCCAAUUGCAAACAACACCACAGCUCCUUAUUAUUAUUAUUAUUAUUAUUAUUAUUAUUAUUAUUAUUAUUAUUAUUAUUAUUAUUUAGCACAUACUUUGCUUCUGGAACGUGAAAACAAAGCGAACACUUCUUCCAAUGUUAGAAAGCCUCUUUUCCCCAUUCUUCCCAUAAUAAGGGUUUUUAUUGGUCGAUAUAUAUAUAUAUUUGUAAUGUUUUUAUUUUAUUAUUGUUUUCCUUGUGGUGAGAUUGUGCUGCCAUGUUGUGUGUAUGUAUGUGUGGCUGUAUGGUGUCCUUCAUCCACUUCCUCCUUCAAUCUAUUUGGCUGAUGGAUGGUGAACAUUCAUGGAUAAAGAUACCUAAGAGGCAAAUGAUCCAAAUCAUGUUGUGCAGUGGAGAGGAACUGGGACCUUUCGAAAUACCCUCCUUAUCCCUGUUGCCACUAGGAAAAUAAAAAUGUCUGUGUGGGAUUUUUUUAAAAAUUCCCAUUGACUACUUUAUUUUUAGAAUUGGUGGCGGGAUGGGGGUUUUGGAGGGAAACAUCGAUAGAGACAAAAACAAAUGCAGAAAGGUGGGAAAGAUGAGAUGUUAUUGUCACCGUCUUUGAACUGUUUGUUCAUUUAAUCGAAGCACCUCGGUGUCAGGUCAGAAAGUAUUACUUUGCAAGGAGAGGGGAGAAAAGAGGGACUGAUUCUGACAGGUCGAUGGGAAUAUUAGAACACCCCCCUCCCUUAGCAACAGGAAACAUUGUAGGGAAUAGCUUUUCCUAUGAAAUAGGGGGUAUUAAUUUUUCCAGGCGUUGGAAACACUCUCAGUGGUCACCCUCACGCAUUAAGUUGCCUUUGUUUACAUGCCAUGAGCUUGAACCACUGGCGCUGAAUAAGUUAAAAUAAGAGAAAGACUUUGCCCAGUUUUGGGAACUCCAAGCACGCUUCGGUUUGGGGUCGGGGUGGUUAAUGAAUCCGCACAUAAAUCCCCACACCCUGUGUGUGUUGUGCAGUUGCAAACCUGUGCUUCGACUGGCCCAGGCAGUGGGUUGUUGUUGUUUUUCUCCCUCUCCUCCCUUUGCAUCUGCAACUGCAUAGGGGAAGAUUAUCCUUCGCUCCUUGCCACUCACGUUUUGCCUUUUUGGAAACCCAGAAGUUUAUUUUAUUUUUUAAAGGAAAAAAAACCCUAACCCUUUAAGAACAAAUGCGGUUCUCGAGUGCCUCCUGCCCUUCCCAGGCAGGACAACUCCAUUGAAAAAUUGCAGCGCCAUGCCUGUAUAGACAGAAGGGUGGCUGGACUGGGACCUGGCUGUUUCGGCAGCGAGAGCAGGCGAGGAGCAAGAAGGAAGGAAGAAAGGAAGGAAGGAAGGCAGCCCCCCCCCCCCUGCACCGCACCCCUCCCUCCCCAAAUAACGCCUGCAAGCCUUUUGGCCAGAGAGACUCCGGCUGGUAAAUAAGAGCCGCCGAUCUCCGGAGGAAAGGGGCCUCUCGGAAAUUGCCACAACUUGGAGGCUGGAGGCUAUGGCCAUGGAUUUCUGGCUCUCUGGAAAGCAGCUUGGAGCGGUUCAGCGAGGCAGGAUGCCUCCGAGCCAGCCGAACCCGGGCCAGUACGCGCUGACCAACGGCGACCCGCUGAAUGGGCACUGCUACCUGUCGGGCUACAUCUCGCUGCUGCUGCGGGCCGAGCCCUACCCGACGUCGCGCUACGGGAGCCAGUGCAUGCAGCCCAACAACAUCAUGGGCAUCGAGAACAUCUGCGAGCUGGCGGCGCGGCUGCUCUUCAGCGCCGUCGAGUGGGCGCGCAACAUCCCCUUCUUCCCGGACCUGCAGAUCACCGACCAGGUGGCCCUGCUGCGCCUCACCUGGAGCGAGCUCUUCGUGCUCAACGCCGCCCAGUGCUCCAUGCCGCUGCACGUGGCCCCGCUCCUGGCCGCCGCCGGCCUCCACGCCUCGCCCAUGUCCGCCGACCGCGUGGUGGCCUUCAUGGACCACAUCCGCAUCUUCCAGGAGCAGGUGGAGAAGCUCAAGGCGCUGCACGUCGACUCCGCCGAGUACAGCUGCCUCAAAGCCAUCGUCCUCUUCACCUCAGACGCGUGUGGCCUGUCGGACGCGGCGCACAUCGAGAGCCUGCAGGAGAAGUCCCAGUGCGCGCUGGAGGAGUACGUGCGGAGCCAGUACCCGAACCAGCCCAGCCGCUUCGGGAAGCUGCUCCUGCGGCUGCCUUCGCUGCGCACCGUCUCCUCCUCGGUCAUCGAGCAGCUCUUCUUCGUCCGCUUGGUAGGUAAAACCCCCAUCGAGACGCUCAUCCGAGACAUGCUGCUCUCCGGCAGCAGCUUCAACUGGCCUUACAUGUCCAUCCAGUGCUCCUAGAGCGCCCGCCUCGUGGCCUCCCGGCGCCUAGAAGCCCCCCAGAGAGAAAGAAAGAAAGAAAGAAAGAAAGAAAGAAAGAAAGAAAGAAAGAAAGAAAGAAAGAAAGAAAGAGAAGGAAAGAAAGAGAAGGAAGAGAAGGCAGUUCCUCCAGCCACGGUUCAAGCAGGAGCAGCCCAAACCGCCUUUGGGGAGGGGGGGUGGAGGCACACAGGCGAGCGGGAGGGGCCCUGAAGGGCAAGGACUCGCCUCAGAGCCUUCCUUCGACCUCUUCCUUUGGGCGACGGAGCCACGGACAGACAGCUCUUGCUUGUGGAAGGAAGGCAACCAACCAGGACCGCUGGGACUGGGGAGCAAACUUUGAAUGCUUCGGGACAAACAAUAAGAGAGGAAAGGACGGAAGGGAUUUGCCUCUCCUUCUGCCCCCUCUCCCCAGCUCGCACCGGAAGGGAUUUGCCUCUCCUUCUGCCCCCUCUCCCCAGCUCGCACCGUGUGCCCCUCUCCUCUUCUUCCUCCUCCUCUUCUACUUCCUGCCCCCCCAAAAAAGAAGACACCUAGAAUGGAUUUUCUUGGAUUUAUGACGGACUGAGGUGGAGAAGCGUCUCUGUACAGCCAACCCAAGCAACCCCACAGUUUUAAAACAGGAGAAACAAACGAGAAGAGUAGAAAUGUCAGCAAGUGGAGCCGACAUGACUCUGAGGGGCGGGCCAAGGGAGAGGGACCCACAGGCACGCACUGACCACGAACAUUGUUCUUCUUCAUUUUGUAAAAUAUUAGUCUUUAUUUUCACUUUUUUUGUAAAAAUUUAAAACAUCGUAUGCGCAUAAAAGAGAGGAAAAAAGGAGAGAGAGAAAGGAGGGGGAGGGUAAAGGAAAAGACAAAAAAACCACAAGAAAACACAACCAGAAAAUUGGGGGGAAAUAACAUUUUCCAAAAUAAUUAUUAAAAAAAACAAGGAAUUGUUCUGUGUGUAUGUAUCUAUAUCUGUUUUGUAUUAUUUUUUUCUGGUUCCAAACCAGGCUUCCUGUGAUUCUAUACUAAUCAUUUUUGAUAUAACCCUUUGCUUCUUAUAAUGAGUGCGAUAUAUGUUGUCGAAGCUGUUCUUCAAGAAUUAAAAUUGAAGUGAGAAUUUAAACAAAAAAUAAUAAAAGCAUUGAGCAACAACAACAAAAGAAACACAAAACAGCAACACAACAAAAACAACCCAAUCCCAGGCCAGGCCAUGUGUUCUUGUUCCUUGAGGCAGACCUACAUCUUAGGUUUGCAAAGGCGAGGAGGGGAGAGUUAAACUCCAAACCCAUACCAAGUUUGUGUAGUUCCUGCCAGAGUUUCAACAAAUACAUUGACUAGGUUGUUGGCAGGGGUUGGGCAAAUCUAGCUUAGCAUUUCCAAGGUAUCUGGUCUCUGUGAGUUUGGUGAGCCUGACAAAACCAGAAAGAAAUCUCAGUCUGUGGGUCAUUUUUUUCCAAUGAUAUUUUUUUCCAGGCAUAACCUGGAAAACAAAUGUCUUUGGUGGAAUUAUCACUAGUUUAGCUCCUCCUUAUUGUUUCUUUUCUUUUCAGAUGAGAUGUAUCUAUUUUGCUUUCCCUUCCAUAGACACACAAAGGCCUGGUCGCCUGAUAGAAGCCACAAUAUCAAUCAUGAAAACAUGCAACCCUGGUUUAUCUCUUGCGAUGGUCCAUGAUUUGAGAUUUGGGUUCUAACUGGGCCAGUUGUGUGGCUUCCUUGUAGAUGGCAAGAGUCAGGGAAUAUCCUCUCAGGGUAAAUGCUCUUGACAUGCUGUCCCUAGGAGACAGUGAGGGCUGAAUGUGUAGUACAGGUAGUUGUAAAUACGGGCAGCCAGUUGGGGAACGAGAAUGAGACAUGGGGAAGGAGAAAUCAUUGAAUCAUAGAUCCAGAAGAGACCACAAGGGCCACCUACUGCAAGAAAGAAAGACUGAGACUCACUUGGAUUAUGUGUACCCAUCCAAAGACACUGGUGUGUAGUCUCUCUCUUGAAUUCUCAUAUUGUAUUUUCCCCUUCAAAACCCAUCUCCCCCCAAUUCCCUCCCUACCCAGAGAGGAGCCCCUUUUGAAGGCAAAGAGACUUCCCCACUCCUUGGAGCCGGUCGCUCCAGAUCUCUGCAACAGCUUUCACCACGUUAAUAUUUUAUAGGAUCUGAGACGGAGCUGUAAGAACACACACUGCCAAGGGAGCCCUUCCUUAACGUAUUAAUAAAGCCUGGAUCUUUAAAAAUAACAUCCGUGUCCCCCUCCUAACUCCCUCCUCCUCUUCCUCCAGCUCUCUCCCCCCUCAACUCUCUCUCUAGUAGCCCUCCAAACAUUUCCAAGAACCAGGCAGAGAUUUCGAGAGGAAGAAGAGGCAGCACUUUCCCAGUUAAUUUGGUGUCUGUGCUCUCUAGGGUUUUUCUACCCCUCCCGAUCUCCCUCUCUCUGGUUUGCAUUAACAAGAUCCUUCCAUCCAACUCACUUGGGGUGGUUUUUAAUAUUCUACUUGCAGGAGAUGGGAAAAGAGAGAUAAAUAUAUUUCCACAUAGUGGCCAUUCACAGUCAGAUAACCUCCGCUGCCAGGUCCAAGACUUUCAAGAUGCCCACGUUCAGGAAGGAUCUGGUCUUGGGAGAACCACGCCAAGCUACUGCCACUGCCCUUGGUUUCUCUGGUUUGGGCAAUGCUGGCCUUUCAGACCAGACAAACCUUGAAUAGGCAGUCCCUGUAGUCAAUUUCUGAAUAUCCUUCAGAAAUGGACGCCCAUCUUCCCCACCCUCCCAAAAAGCAUCCUUUCCCCAUCAAGGGUAAAUCCAGAAUUAUAAUUCCUUCAACGGCAGGUGUCAAUAAUACAAAUUAACACUAUUGGAAAAAUAUAGAAUAGAGUCCAGAAAAACUUGUAGGAAAGGAGGCCUAAGGGGAUUUUCUUCUGUCAUCAAACUUUUCUGAUGAGCUCUGCAAAGCUCACCCUUUCUCUCUGCCUCCUGAGUUUGUUUUAAGGAAGAGUGUUGGUGUUGGUUUUGUUUCUUUUUUCAGCUGGUACUUGAUCUCAGCCCUUGAGCGCUCAAAAGGGAAAGGAGGGCGUUAGACCCCCUCAGUAAACGUUUGAUGACUCAGUCUCUUCUCCUCCUAGCGAUUGUUCCAAAAAACCAAGUAUUUCUUCCUGAUUUUUUCUACCCUUUCCUUUAGCAAGGUCAGCGACCCGCGUGAGAAUCCAUUGGCCCUCUGUAGGGAAGGAGGGUGCUGGAUGGUAAAGUCUUUCGCAUAGGAUAUCAAAAGGUCACUUAUUUGAUCUCUGAUUUUUAUAGGGAGUGGUGUUCCUCCUUUUGUUGCAGCCACAGGCCUCUGAGAAAUUUGGUCAGGCCUUAAUGUCUCACACAACUUUGGAAAAGGCGAAGUCAUAGGAAGCAAACAGUUUCUUCUCCUUUUCUUAUCCCACAGUGUAUAGUUCAACCAACUUUUGGUGCCACCCUUGGGUGAAGUCCUGAGAAUUGUGGGAACCCUGAGAUAUUAGAUAAGGAGAGAAUAUUGCAAUAUUGUGGCUAUUACUGACGCUAAUCCGACCUUUCCAAUAAGGAAACUUAUGUGCAAGUAAAUCUCCAGAUGAAUCACCCAACAGCUAAAGAAAUUCAAAGGGACUGAUACAAAACUGAGACAAAGCAAUUGUAGCUAAUGAGACUGUGGACAUUUUGUUUGUCGUUAGGUUGUUAAUAGAUUUAUCACAGAGUUUUGUAACAGAAUAUUGCAGAUGGACUUGGCUUGUAGACUUAGUCUCUUUCUCCAAGACAAGGGACUGUGGGCUGCCACUAGACUAUGAAUACUUUUAAUGGAAGUCGUCUUCAUCAAUACUUUCCAUGCAAAGUGUUCAGGACUGGGCUAUGAAGUAGUGUUGUGAAGAAAGUCUUAGCGAGUUUGUGACCAAAGGAGUGUCUUUCUUUGGUCCAGAAUUAGUUUCAGGCACUGCUCCACGGAGGGACGCGGGGUGUGUGUUUCUGUGAGAGAGAGACUUUGUCGAGUCAUGCUUAACAUCAGAAAAGGGGCUGUUAAUAAAUAUAUUUCAUGGGAAAAUAUUCCGGGGAGAGAUCAAUAUUAUAAUCCUUUCCUCAUCAAGGGUAAAUUGAGAAUUAUAAUUCUUUCAACUGCAAGUGUCAAUAACACAAAUUAUGACUAUUGAAAAACUUUGAAACUGCAGACUGUUCUCUUUGGUGAAAGGCGAAUUUGAGUUUCCUUGACUUCCUUGAAGGAAAUAGACCUCCUCGGCGCUUCAAUCUAAAGUCCUUUUGGCAUAAUUUUCUCCUAUUAAAUAACAAAAAAGAUGUUUCAUACUGAAGUCAAAGGGUCCCCCCUCCCCUACAUUUUUUUUUGGCAGGCAAAACGUUCUUGGUAAGGGGAAGAGCUGUAAGUUUCUUUGAAGUGGUUGGGAAGUGUUGUAGUUUCAAACUGCUUUUGGAAAUGUGGAAAAGGACAAACGGGGGAGUUGUAAGGCAGAGCUCCCCAAGGAUUAACCCACCCCUUCUCCGCCUCGCAAAUCUGGAGGGCCAGGCAGACAGACAGGCAGACAGGCAGGCUGUGACACCAACGCCUUCCAGUAAUGAGCAGACCUUUCGGAACGAGCUCUAUAUUCUGAAGCAAAUGAUUUCUCUGAAAGGAAAGUCUUGCUGGUCGGUGGCUUGAGACUGAGGUGUUCUUUAUCUUUAAUAUUAUUUAAUAUUAUUAAAUAAAUAUCAUUUAAUAAUAUUUAAUAUUAUUUAAUAUUAUUUAAUAUUAAAUAAUAACAUUGAAUAAUAUUAAAUAAUAUUAAAUAAUAUUUAACAAUAUGGCGAAAAAAGAGCGUUGAGCUUCUCCACGAAUCCGCCUUCGCCUUCCUCGGCCCUCCAUUCUGCUUUUUGCAGAGGCAGGGAAUACACAUCUCUUUUUGUUGUUGUUGUUGUUCUUGUUGUUGCUGUUGUUGUUUAAGGGUACUGAAAUAUAUUCUCCUUCCACCUGUGUCAUCAUCAGUCUUGCUGCCAACAAUCUGAAUGUAAAUGGAAAGAGUUGGGGAGGGAGGAACCCAUCCCUUCCCGGUGUUAAUGGGAGGCAGUAUUUAUUGUAUACAAUAAAUUACUAGGUUCCAUUA